CUGUGUGUGUGUGCGGGUGUGUGUUGGGCGACGGACUGAAAAUCUGAAAAUGCAACUCCAGUCCAAAACCACACAUAUGCAGGAAAUGCGCGACGGAGGCAAGUGCACAUAUAAUCACAGUAGGUGUGGAUAGAUUUCAUGUAAUAAGACUCUUCGGUGCAACAGUAAAACUUUUUUUUUUUUCGGGGAAAGACAGACUCCUUUAUCUAAACUACUAAACAGGCGUCUUACAGCACCACUAGUUCAAUUCGGAAGAAAAGGGGUGACAUAAAGUUGCAAAACACACACACACGGUCCAGUAAAACUUAGAUUACUCAUGACAUCUGCAGUACAAGUUUAUGUCUCGAUCCGCCACCUAGUGGCAAAGCCACGACCGCCAUGGUGUUAUUCUGAGGAACAAACUCAAAGCGGAACCAACGAGAGCGCAAAUGUUUCUCCUUGUUUAAGCGGAACGCGAGUGCUGACGGACCCGGAAGUCAUCGUGCCGGUCGAUUCGGUUUGAAGGAGAUUUGACCGAUAUGUGGUCGAAUGCUAAAUUAUGCGAUUUUUAUUUUGAUUGCCAGUUCCUCCUAAAUGAAGGAGAUUUACUCCGAACAAGACAACAAGGCAUGUUUUAAUUUGACAUGGCGAUGAGGCCAUUUUCUCUGCAGAAACGAUGUCAUUUUAUCAUGAAGGCCAGCAGGUUUCUCUUACAAAUCCAUCACGCUGGAUGCAUCUCGUCCACGGUUAUCCCUGGAGUUACUCGACUGGACACACAGCUCUGCUAUGGUCAUGUGCCAAGGUGGUUGCAUUGCAGUUCAGCGUUUUGCAAGAGCAAGUCGGACAGUACAGAUCUUCAGGAAAUAAUAGAGCAUGAGAUUGAGAAAAAGACCAAAUCCUUGGUCACACACGAUGAGCUCUUUGAACGAGCAGCCAGAGAUGCAAAGAGCAAAGCCAAUUUCAGCCGAGUUCUGGACACCUUCAACAAGAAGGACAUCCGCCGUCGUGGGCAUGUAGAGUUCAUUUAUGCUGCUCUGAAGAAAAUGCCUGAAUUCGGGGUGGAGCGAGACAUCACAGUCUACAACAAACUCUUGGAUGUGUUUCCCAAAGAGGUCUUUGUGCCGCGGAACUUUAUUCAGAGGAUGUUCAAUCACUACCCCAGACAACAGGAGUGUGGUGUGCAGGUGCUGGAGCAGAUGGAAAAUUAUGGAAUUAUGCCUAACAUGGAAACUAAAGUCCUCCUGGUUCAGAUCUUUGGAGAGAAGAGCCACCCAAUGAGGAAGUACCAGCGUAUCAUGUACUGGUUUCCCAAAUUCAAGAAUCUGAAUCCAUUCCCAGUGCCUCAUGAGCUCCCACAAGACCCAGUGGACCUUUCCCGCUUCAGCCUCACCCGCAUCGCUAAUGACCUGGACGCAAAAAUUACAGUUUAUCAGCUUCCCUCAACACACAUCACAGAGGCAGGAGAGGAGAUCUCACACCCACAUAUCGUUGGCAUCCAGAGUCCAGAGCAGCGCACCCUGCUUGCUAAGCAUAACCCAAGUAGACCUGUGUUUGUGGAAGGCCCCUUUCCUCUGUGGCUCAGGAAGACCUGUGUACAUUAUUAUCUGCUCAGAGCUGACCCUAUCCCCCCCGAGGAACAGAUAGAGGAGGAGCUCGAUCCUGAAUUGAUUGGUCCAGAGCAGAGCUUGUUCUAUCCCCAGUGUAUUGACCUUGACCUUAAGAGAGACUUGGGAGAUGAUGAUAGCUUCGAUGUGGACGAUGUGGUGGAAGGGGCAGUCUAUGCCAUGUGCAUGACCGGACAGGGUGAUCAGGCUACACUAGCACAGUGGAUCAGUGGGCUGCAGGAGAACAACCCAAUCUUAGGGCAGGUUCCCACUGUGUUUCGCCUGGAUUCUGGAUUCAGAGAACUGCAGAAAGUCGAAGAUAUUCACCAUGAUUCUGAACAAAAUCAACACUCAGGAGCUGAAGAGGAGCACAUCAUAGAGGAAGAAGUAUUGCACUCACAGGGUAUGAAGCGGUGACUGGGCAGCAGUCAAUGGAGUGUGUGUUCUUGGAACUUAGGCAAGGGCUAGACAAAGGUCUUGGGCUCUGGUUUGUCCCUUGAGUAGCCAAAUGCUGAUAACCUUAUUUGUUAACUAAAUUAAGAUUAUUUGGUUACAAGAUGAUGCUUUAUGUUCGCUCUCAAUUCAGAUACGACUAUGUUUUUUCUUCCUUUUUUCAGUUCACAUAGAGCUGGGCAGCUUUGACUAAGAUGGAUUGUAACAUUUAAAAGUAUAUUUAAUUGAGACUGGUGUUAAGACAAUUUCAUGAGAAAGGUGCCCUGCUGACGGCACUUUUAGCCCAAAACAGUCUAUCUUCUCGGCCGAUUUGAAACGGACUGAUCAUAUUGCCUGUAAUUGCAUAGUAUUGGUUGUGUGAGUUUGCUAAAAGCUAUCAGUGCGAGAACACUGAACAAGAGAUUUCUGAAGAAUUUACAUUUGUCGUCAUAAGUUCAGCAGAUCUAGGAAUGGUUUGCAGUCUUAGUUUCAUAUGAUGCAAAAGGAAAUGAAAGUCAACUGUGCUGUAUUAGUUUUGAUUAAGUAUGAUUAACAACAGAUGUGUGGCAGUGAGUGUAUAAAUAUCAUUUCAAAGCUGUAUUACUGAAACCAGUUAUUAAAAGCAGAUUACUGUUCCAAUACAAUUCUAAUGUGGAUUUCAGUUUGGUUUAUGUUUUAAUGUUAAGUAAAUAAGAAUUGGUGCAUCUUAUUUUUUAUAUUAUUCCUCUUUACUACUACUACUAUGAAUUUCUAAACAUACUAUGCAUUUAUGUUCCUACAGAUUAAGAUAAAACUGCAAAACAUUUCAAAAUCUUUCAUUUGGAGUAGCAAAUUUCCAUUUCCCAUUACUCACAUAUCAGUCUUUGCCUUCCUUCUAAUUUACCCCUCCAAACAUUUUAGAGGUAACUUCCCAAUGAAAUGAAAUGAAAUUUCAAGAUAAAACUUAAAACAUAAAACCACUAAACCUGCUGUGGAGCUUGAGUAUAAAUGAAAUCUCCUUGUUUUUUUUUUUUUUCCUAAUCACUAUUCCAAUUCCCCCAUCCCAUAGCAACUUAUUUAAUGCCUUUAUGUCUUCUAUAGCAUACAAGCUCGAAGCAUCCAAGAAUACAUAGUAACACUCAACUUGUGUAUAUACAUUUCUGGAUACAAAGCAUGUGACUAUAUAUAACAUCUUUUCUCUUUCUUUCAUGCCUGCGUCAUCCAACAGAAACUCAUUUACUGACUUCCUUAAAGUUUACUAUUUAAAAUUUCUAUUAUCAACGUCUAAAUCUGGUGACUAAACAGCUAAGAUGCUUAGUUUCUGUUCUCUAUUAAAUUGUCUUUUCCAUCAAGCCACACUAAGGUCUGUUCAUAAACAGACUUUAAUAUAAAAAUAAUGUUAUUAAAUCUGAACUGAAAG